GAGCGUGCGGCUAAGCACACGGCUAGCUAUCGCGACGUGGUCGAGGCUAGGGCUCAUUCGGGCGCCCAGGCGUCGCAUCCGCGCGAGCGCCGUGGCGUCGGGCGCCCGUGCUCUGCGGCGCCCGUCACGCCACGGACCGCCUUUAGUUGCGAUGAGCGCUCCCGCUCCGCAGCACCUGCCGCCACCCGCUCGGCUGCGUUUUCCGAGACGCUGUGCGCUGUUGACCGCAGGCGGCGCGAGCACUCCCCAGGACUCAGGCCUCUGAUCCUGGACGGCACGGACCGCCAGCCGGAAGCCGCGCCGAGCACCGGCGAGGUCGUCGAGGCCCCCCGCGCCGAGCAACGCGGCCGCACCUCGCGUCGCAAGCGCAGGCGUGUUCGGGCUUCCGCCGGAGCGGCAGCUACCACUCCUGCCAAUCCCUCUGGUCAAGAGCCGCCCGCGUCAGCCUUCGUGGCAGGGCGCCAGGACUGGCCUGCCUCUCUGGAGCCUGCCCUUCCCGAGGGGGCUUCCGAGGCCCUCGGGGUGAAGGAGCCGUUCGCGUGGGGUGCGCUCUGCGGGGGGUUCUUAUUAGGCGUGUUCGUCACGGUCGCCGCGGGCCUCGUGCUGUGGAGGGUGGCUCGCUUGUUGGCAGCGAAGACAGAUGGCAGGUCUCAGCCCUCCAAAACGUACGCUGCACUCCCUGCAGAAUCUAAGGACUCGAAGGGCCCCGCCUACUACGAUCCGCACGAUGACUACAUGCUCGGAGGGAUCAGGACUGCGCAAGGCCCCCGGGCUUCCGACGCAGGCGUGGUCGACCAUCACUUCCUCUCAGUCUGUAUGCAGGAGCUCACGACGCACGACCAGCCCCACGCGGGCGAGCGAGUGGUGUCCGCGAUCCUGCGCCGUCGGUACCAGCUCCUCGAGGUGCUCCACGCAUCGAGCUUGCGCAAGGACGAGGACGACCAGGACGCCAAGGCGUGGCUCGACGAGCGGCACGCGGCCGCGGCCGCGUGCGGCGGGCUUGAGUCGCCGCCUCGCAUCGGGGAGGCCCCCGGCCUCGGCGCGAGUUUGCAGGGGAGGCGAGGCGCGCGGGAUGAUGAGGCCCCCUCGCUGGGUUUUGGCAACGACGGUCUCGUCCAAAGAGACGCGCUGCCCAUCCCUCUGGAUUCGGAGACGCUCCACUACAUGAAGGGGUUCUCAGCCCUCAACGGUGAGCUUCCGCUCGGGCAGCGGCGCAAAGCCGCGCGCUGCAGGCGGCAGGAGCGCUGGAUGCUGGAGGGCGUCGCCGCGCUCAACGAGCUGGGCGGUGGCGGGCGUGCGGCGGGCUGCGGCGGGCGGCUCAGCUUGGCUCCGCGCUCCGCGCUGCGCCACCUGGCCGAGGUCCACGCCUCCUCCCCGCCCAAGACCGAAGUGCGCGCCAACCAGGAGGCGUUUCAGGCGCUUCUGGGGCUUCGACCUGGCUAUGCUGAUGAGCCUGCUAUCGGGGCGAAGGCGGGCUACCAGCGCGGGAAGGUCUCUCUUCCCCCUCGCGGUGCGGGUAAGGUUGAUCUCGUUCGACUGCUCCCCUUGCACCUGCAGUCCGCGUUGGGGUCUGGGCGCGGGUUACUGCGUUCUGAGCAGGGGGCAUUUGCCGCUCUGGACGAGGCGGAUGUCGCAUGCUAUGUUGACAGCGAGCUGGCCCAGCGGGGCAUCGACUACGGACGGUUCUUGCUUGAGCUUUUCGAAGCAGGCAUCGUCGAAGUUUUGGACUACGAAUCAGAGCGGAAGGAGGAGACGGGCAUCUUCUUUGCACCGCGCAAGGAGGUGCACCUGGCUGCUGGCGACGUGGAGGUCUGCUUCUAUCAAUACCUGCUACCGGGCUGGGCCAGGAACUACUUCUGCCAGCCCGACGUGGCGACCCAGUUGCUGCCCGCCCGGCUACGUGAGGCGCUGGGGCAAGAAGGCGCUUCGCGGCCUCGGACUACCUUCCGUGCACGCGUCGUCCCCAUGGGAUGGAACUGGGCUGUGCACCUCGUGCAGGCCGCCCACCUGAACGUGCUGGCCUCUGUCUCUCCCGACAACCAGUGGCUGGUCGACAAGCAGCCGGGGGCGUUCCUGUCGGACAGCACGGUCGUCAAUGACAUGCUGGACACUUUCACGACAGAGGGCGUCAGGGCCACGCUCGACCUGGACGAUGCCCUCCUUGGCAUCGCGCAGGUUUCGAAGGCUGCCAGGUGGCGUCCUGCUUCCAAGAAGUUCUGUCGAGUGCACGGCUGCAUCCAGUACUUGCUGGAAGCGAGGAGAUGCAUCACUGGGCGACAGCUGGAGAGGCUAGUGGGGCAUGUGGCGGCAUUGCUGUUCCUGCGGCGCGAGGCGCUCAGCAUGCUCAGAUCAGUGUACGUUUUCAUCCGCUCGACCUACGACAAGGCCCAGCCGCUGUGGGCCAGCUGUCAGCAGGAGCUCAGGUGGGUGCUGGCGCUACUGCCCACCGCGUUCGCUGAUAUGAAGAGGCCGUGGCACGCGGAGGUCGGGACCUUUGACGCGUCUUCUUGGGGGGGCGGGGGUCUGCGCGGCACGCUGGCUUUUUCAGCGCGGUGCAGGCCGCGGGGCAGGCAGCCGGAGAAGCUGCGCUUCCGCGGGCCCCUUGCCACUUUGGUGGCCCCGCGGGAUGCCGCCCUGGCCGCCGACGCGAUCGAGCUCUCUGACCCUGCUGCACCCUUGCUGGGCCGAGCGGCGGGCUUUGCAGAAGUGAAUACUGAGCUGCUGUGGGAGUCGAACUGGGUCACUGCGGUGGCCUGCAG